GAACUUGGCUGUAGACGGAAUCCUCGCUGCUUACCGAUGCGCGCGUCAUCACGCCGCACAAAGUGACCUCGCGCUCGAAGCUGACGGCGGAUCUCCGGAAUUAAAGCACGCGUGAACGCGGACUCUCUUAUUGUCUCGUGAACAUCUGUAACCUCUGAAACAAAGAGGUGUCCUAUCCUCGCGGGCGCGUGUGUGUGUGUUUGUGUGUCGGAGAGAGAGAGAGAGAGAGAGAGACUGCGAUCUGGAACUUGAGCCAGUGAAAUGGAGUGAGGAUUUAACAUCUGUAAUUACAGGACUGAGGGCAGAUAAAGUAGCCUGACUGGGCUGCGCGACUUUUAUGAAGUCCGCUUGGCCAUUUGGCAGUAAUAAGGACCAUGGAUAACUUUUUUACAGAGGGUUCUCGUGUGUGGCUCUGCGAGGAGGAUCAGUAUUGGGCCAGCACUGUGGACUCCUGCUCAGGUGGCAUUGUGGUUUUCCGCACCGACUAUGGACAGGUGUACACCUAUAAGCAAAAUGCUUUGAGCAGGCAGAGAGUGUACGAGAUGCACAGUACCAGCGUGUGUGGUGUGGAGGACAUGGCAUUGUUACAGGACCUGCAUGAGGGAGCCAUCCUACACAACCUUCACCUGAGAUACACACAGCACAGUAUAUAUACGUAUAUCGGGUCUAUAUUAGCAGCAGUGAACCCGUACCAGCGGUUGCCAGAGCUUUAUGAUGUUUCGGCGGUGGAGAGGUACAGUCGGCAUCACCUGGGGGAAAUCCCGCCUCACAUUUAUGCCAUCGCCAAUGAGUGCUACCGCUCGCUCUGGAAACGCAACAACAAUCAAUGUGUGCUCAUUAGCGGGGAGAGUGGUGCAGGUAAGACGGAGAGUACCAAGGUGAUUCUGCGGUUCUUGUCUUUAAUGAGUCAGCAGAGCCUCGAACUUUCCGCAAGACACACAACAUCUCACGUGGAGGAGGCUCUCCUGGAGAGCAGUCCUAUAAUGGAGGCAUUUGGAAAUGCUAAGACGGUAUAUAAUAAUAACUCCAGCCGCUUUGGGAAGUUCAUCCAGCUUCACUUUAGCCAGCGGGGAAACAUUCAGGGAGGAAAGAUUGUGGACUACUUAUUAGAGAAGAAUCGUGUUGUGCGUCAGAAUCCCGGCGAGAGGAACUACCACAUAUUCUAUGCUUUACUGGCAGGAACCAGUGCAGAACAGAGGGAGGAGUUUUCUCUGCUGCCCGCUGAGAGUUUUUAUUACCUGAAUCAGUCUGGCUGUGUGAGGGAUCACACCAUCAAUGACACACACAUGUUUCAUGAAGUUCUGAAUGCCUUGCGGACCAUGCACUUUGGGGAGGAGAGUAUCUGUGAGGUUUUGAGGCUUUUAGCUGGAAUUCUGCACCUCGGCAAUAUCGAAUUCGCCACGGCCGGAGGAGCUCAAGUCUCCUCCAAAGCAGCUCUCAGCAGUGCAGCGGAACUGUUGGGUUUGGACUGCACACAGUUGGCAGAAGUUCUGACACACAGAUCCAUGAUCCUCCGAGGAGAAGAGAUCAGCACUCCACUUACUGUAGAACAGGCUGUUGAUUCCCGGGACUCUAUGGCUAUGGCCCUCUACUCUCAGUGCUUCACCUGGAUCAUCCACAAACUCAACAAGCGUAUCCAUGGCAACGACGACUUCAAGUCCAUCGGCAUUCUGGACAUUUUUGGCUUUGAAAACUUUGAGGUGAAUCGAUUUGAGCAGUUCAACAUUAACUACGCCAAUGAGAAGCUGCAGGAGUAUUUCAAUAAGCAUAUCUUCUCUCUGGAGCAGCUGGAGUACAACAGGGAAGGACUGAUCUGGGAUGAUGUUAACUGGAUGGACAAUGGGGAAUGUCUGGAUCUAAUAGAGAAGAAACUGGGUCUGCUGGCUCUGAUGAAUGAGGAAAGUCAUUUUCCCAAAGCCACUGAUGCUACGUUGCUGGAGAAGCUUCACAGCCAACACUCUAAAAACCCUUUCUACAUAAAGCCUCGAGUUGCUGUGCACUACUUUGGAGUGAAGCACUAUGCAGGCGAGGUGGUGUAUGACGUGAGGGGGAUCCUGGAGAAAAACAGAGACACUUUCAGAGAUGACAUCCUCAACUUACUCAGGGAAAGCAGUUUGGAUUUUGUGUAUGAUCUGUUUGAGAGAAUGAGUAGCAGGUGUGGGCAGGACAUGAUGAAGAGCAGCUCACAGCACCGCAGGCCAACAGUCAGCUCCCAGUUUAAGAAUUCUUUGCACUCCCUGAUGUCCACCCUCAGCACAUCCAACCCUUUCUUUGUGCGCUGCAUCAAACCCAACAACAACAAGAUGCCAGAUCAUUUUGAUUAUUCUUUGGUGCUGAACCAGUUGAGGUAUUCUGGUAUGCUGGAGACAGUGAGGAUCCGGCGUGCUGGCUUUCCUGUUCGGAGAACCUUCCAGGAUUUCUGUACCAGGUACUGUGUGUUAAUGAGAGGUGUGGCCAGGUGUAAUGAUCCCAAGGAGGCGUGUCUCCAGGUGCUCCGCCUCUACGACAGCAGUAGUGUAGAAUGGCAGCUGGGAAAGACGAGGGUUUUCCUGAGGGAGAGUCUGGAGCUGCGACUGGAAAAGAAGCGAGAGGAAGAAGUGCUUCGGGCUGCAGCCAUUAUACAGGCCUACCUGCUUGGUUACAGGGCAAGGAGGCAGUACAAGUGGCUGCUGCAGUGUGUGCUAGUGAUCCAGAAAAACUGGAGGGCAUUUUUCUGGCGCAGGCGCUACUUGAUGCUUCGCUGGGCCUCCAUCACACUCCAAAAAAGAGUUAGAGGUCAAAGGGCACGACAGCUCUAUACGCAGCUACUUGAGGAGAGGAAAAGAAGAAUUGAGGAAGAGAGGCGACAAAGAGAAGAGGAAGAAAAGCGAGAGAGAGAGAGACAGAGACUGCAGAUGGAGCAGAAGGCUCGAGAGGCAGAAGAGGCACUGAGAGUAGAGGAGGCUCUGAGAAUUGAGAGAGAGAGGAAGAUUCUCAGAAAUGGUCUGGAGCCAUCAUCUGUGUUAGGUGAGACCAAGCACUCAGAGCAGUCAUUUGAGGAGGAGGUUUUUGAGGAAGAGGCCCGUCCCAAUGAGGCUUCACAAGUGGAGGAAAUCCUGCGUCUGGAGCGUGAAAUCGAGGGUCUGCGGAGGCAGAAAGAGACAAGGGAGCAGACCCUGACGGCACAUUCUCUGGCACGACUGCAGCACCUGCGUGAUCAGGAGUUGCUCAGGCUGGAGGAAGAGGCCUGCAAGGCAGCACAGCAGUUCCUCUCUUCACUCAACUUCCACGAGAUUGAUGAAUGUGUGCGCAACAUUGAGAGCACCUUAGUGUUGCAGGAUUGUUCAGAAGAAACUGAACAACAGGAGAGGAGGAGAGGUGGGGAUGAGGAGGAGGUGGAUGAAGGAUUGGGAGUCGAUGAGGAAGGCUUUAAAGAUUCACCGAACCCCAGUGAGCACGGCCACUCGGACGGCCAGCGCACCAGUGGGAUCCGCACCAGCGACGACUCAUCUGAGGAGGACCCGUACGCCAAUGACCGUGUGGCUCCACCCCCAGUCCCACCCACAAGCGUGCCCUCAGCCUAUCAUGGACUAGCCUGCAUCAGGGACACCAGCUACUGCGGGGCACAGCAGGAAGAGGACCUGAUUCCACCAGAUGAGGACUCGGAUUACGACGCCGAUGAGUAUGAUGAAAGUGGCAUUGUCCUGCCUCCCAGUAUGUCCCUGACUGUGCUCCAGACUGGCAGCUGGUCAUGUGACCAGCGCAGCUCUAUGGCGACAAGCACCAGUGCUAGCUCAGGGGCGUACAGGUUCAGCUCUGAGGGAGCCCAAUCAUCAUUUGAUGACAGUGAGGAUGACUUUGAAAGGUUUGAUACGGAUGAUGAGUCGUCUUAUCGUAGAGAUUCUGUCUACAGCUGCGUCAGUCUGCCUUAUUUUCACAGCUUCCUCUAUAUCAAAGGUGGGUUGCUGAACUCCUGGAAGCGCCGCUGGUGUGUGUUGAAGGACGAGACGUUCCUUUGGUUUCGGAGCAGGCAGGAGGCUCUGAAGCAGGGCUGGCUGCUUAAAAAGGGUGGAGGCUUAUCAACACUCUCUCGCCGCAACUGGAAACGCCGCUGGUUUGUCCUACGCCAGAGCAAACUUAUCUAUUACGACAACGAUGCUGAGGAGAGGAUGAAGGGCAUGCUGGACAUGCAUGAAGCAAAAGAGGUCAUUGAUAACACAGGGAAGGAGAACGGAAUAGAUAUUGUGAUGGCAGAGAGAACGUACCAUCUUAUAGCGGAUAACGCAGAGGAUGCCAGCCACUGGUUCAGUGUGUUGAGUCAGGUACACACUUCCACUGAACAGGAAAUCAGAGAGAUGCAUGAUGAGCAGGCCAACCCACAGAACGCUGUGGGCACAUUAGAUGUAGGCAUGAUCGACUCUGUGUGUGCCUCAGACAACCCAGAGAGGCCAAACUCGUUUGUGAUCAUCACAGCUCACCGUGUCCUGCACUGUAAUGCCGAGACCCCGGAGGAGAUGCACCACUGGAUCGCUCUCCUACAGCGCUCUAAGGGAGACACACGGGUCCAGGGCCAAGAAUUCAUUAUUAGAGGCUGGUUACAUAAAGAGAUGAAGGGCAGUAGCCGUAAUAACCUAAGACUAAAGAAACGCUGGUUCCUGCUCACCCAUAAUUCACUGGACUACUACAAGAGUUCAGAGAGAAACGCACUCAAACUGGGAUCUCUGCUGCUAAACAGCCUGUGCUCUGUACUGACACCUGAUGAGAGAGUGUACAAAGAGACUGGUUAUUGGGGUGUGACAGUGUUUGGCCGUAAACACUCAUAUAGGCUCUACAGUAAGCUGCAAAGUGAAGUGUGCCGCUGGGCUAACGCUGUGCAGAAUAUCAUUGAUAACAAACCACCAAUGGACACACACACGCAGCAACUCAUCCAGGACAUUAAGGAGAACUCUCUAAACUCAGAAGUGGUGGAUCAGAUUUACAAGAGGAACCCGAUACUACGCUACACACACCAUCCUCUACACACACCAUUACUUCCUCUGCCCUACGGAGACGUCCACCGCAGCUCUGAAAGGGGGCGGAGCUACAGCACUUUGCAGGCUGAGGCGUUGAAGCUUUUUUGCACACUUCAGCAGCUUGAGGGUGUGGCCGAUCCCGUCCCAAUAAUUCAAGGCCUUCUGCAGACAGGUCAUGACCUCCGACCCCUGCGAGAUGAACUCUACUGUCAACUCAUUAAGCAAACUACACGGCCCCCUGAGCCAGGUGGCCCCGCCCACAUCAGUGGCUGGAGAGUCAUAGCCUGCAUGUGCUGCACGUUUAUCCCUAUCUCCAGAAGCAUCCUGAAGUACCUCAAAUUCCACAUCAAAAGGACACGCGAGUUAUUCCCAGGCACGGAGAUGGAGCAAUAUGCUGCAUUUUCCCAGGAGGCACUGAGGCAUGUACGUGGACGGGAAUAUGUGCCAUCACAUGAGGAACUCAGAGCCAUUCUCAACAGACAGGAAAUGACAUCAACUGUAUACUGCCAUGGAGGUGGAUCCUGCAAAAUUGUCAUCAACUCGCACACCACAGCAGGAGAGGUGGUUGAUAAGUUAUUAAAGGGCCUGGCUAUGGAGGAUAGCAGGAAUAUGUUUGCUCUAUUUGAACACAAUGGCAACACAGACAAAGCCAUUGAGAGCCGCACCAUUGUGGCUGACGUGCUUGCCAAGUUUGAGAAGCUGGCAGGUGGAGAAGACAAUCAGGGUGGAGGAUGGAGGUUUUAUUUCAAGCUGUAUUGCUUUACAGACACAGAGAACAUCGCUAUGGACAGUGUGGAGUUCGCUUUCAUGUUUGAGCAGGCCCAUGAGGCAGUGAUUAGUGGACAGUAUCCUGCUCCUGAGGAAACUCUGCAGUUCCUGGCAGCUCUUCGGCUGCGGCAUCUGUUCGGAGACUACGCUACCCAGAAUGCAUUACCGGACCUGGAGCAAGUGUUCCCUGUGGCACGUCUGCGUGCCCGUAUUCAGCGUUUCUCCUCCAGCAGCAGUGGCACAGAGAAGAAGCGGGGCAGUUUCCUGGAGGGUACGCUUAGGCGGAGCUUCCGGGGGUCUCUUGGGCGGCGGCAGGGCGAGAAUUCGGCUGCAAUGGAGGCGUGGUUUCAGGAUGAGAAGGCGGAAUUAAGGAGCUGUUUGGUGGAGAAAUGGAAGAAGCUGCAGGGAAUGAGUCAGGAUAAUGCCAUGAUCAAAUACAUGAACCUGGUCAGAGAGUGGCAGGGUUACGGGUCUACCCUGUUCAACGUAGAGUGCAUGGACGGUGUGUAUCCUACAGAACUGUGGCUGGGAGUGAGUCGUAAGGGGGUGUGUGUGUAUAAGCAGGGAGAGGCUUGGCCGCUGGAGGUCUUCUCCUAUGAGGCCAUUUUGUCUUUUGGUGCGCCACAGUCCAACAUUUACAAGAUCAGUGUGGAGGGAAGAGACCUGUUCUUCAAAACUAGCCAGGUGAUGGACAUUGCUAAACUGAUGAAAGCCUACAUCAGCAUGAUUGUACAGAAGCGUUUCAGCACCUGUCCAUCAAUCAGUAGCCAUGGCACACAGUGCAGCAAAUGGUGAAGACUGACCUCCUAUGACCUUUCAGCUCUGAAUUACGAACACACACGCUGUAUGUAACCGAGUGGCGACACAGAGUUACAGUGGGACCUGGCAGAGGUUGUAGCUUAUUCUUAUUAAAACAUUCCCAGGUUCAAGGCAAUCCAGUCGAGCCUUAUUAAGCACUCAGUAGACAUUCUGUAAAGCAGGGAGCAAGGUAAUAAUAAUCACCGUGUUCUGAUGAGUGCUGUGUAAAUCAUUAAACAUGACAUUCACCUGAAAGUGCCUAAAACCACUCUGCAUGAUAAAUGUCUUUGUAAAAAAAGAAAAUCCUGACACACAUUGCAAUAUGAACCUUUUCAGUGUAAUCAGUGCCAUUUGAAUUUCAGCAGUAGGUCUGUAGUAAAUAUUACCAAAAGUGUUCUGGAGACGCUGUGUGAGCGUGUAAGGUUUUAUCCAAUAGCGUUUCACUGGAGCUCUGCAGGCAGAUUCUCCAGCCAAAGAGACUGUGCCUUUUUUGCAAGUGCGUACACACACACACACACACACACUAACCUGUAUGUACAGUCACACUCAGUGAACACAUACUUAUACUCAGUGCCACGCUUCAAUGUGUACGACUUUAAUGUGCAAUGUUUUGUUUUAUACUGAAAAAGUUGUAUAUUUUAAAAUCUUUGUUACAAAAUGCUCAUGUCAGGAG